UCUGCAUGAAUCAAUUCUCUUCUUCCAACAGCCACAGAGACAAAAUGAAUAGUUAAUAUCCAAUAAAUGCUUCAUUUAUUAGUUGCAAAACAUAUUUGAUUGAAAUUCUUUUGUGCUGCCCUGAGGUUUGAUUUUGAUAUUUUUAUUUUGUGAUAUUAUUAAAAUGGAAGAUCUACAGAAGUUUACAAGUGCUGCUAUGGAUUCAGUGCCAGAAAAGGAAUCUGAUGAACCAUUUCUUUUAACAAAACUUGGGGUUCUGAUGAGCACCAACUCUGAAAUUGCUCGGGCCCUCCUGAGUGGGUUGUCAGCAGUGCAAGUGAGCCGCCUCCUGAGCACAUGCCGCUUAUGGCGUUCUGUUGGCCUCAAAGAACUUCAGCGACGAAAAAACUUUCAUUUUAUAUCUUUGCCUUCUGAUGCGCGCAGUUGCAAGCGUGGGGCAUAUUUCACCAGACUGGAGACUGACCUGUGGUCGUGGGCACAGCAGUGGAGAUCAGUCCCUGGCUUCUGUCUGGUGCUGCAUGACAAACAAAAGCAUCAUGCUGGAGACAUGCUGUCAUAUUGUAAACUUCUGCCGCCAGACUGUCCUGUUGUAGAAGUAUUAUGCGAUGGUGGUGGCAUCAUUUAUACAGAAGAAGUGAUGGCACACUAUCGAACUGUGAAUCAAAAUAUAUCGUUUUGUGAUUCUCCCAAGUGCCCAAACUUGGCUUUUUCCUCGAACACUACGUUACUCCCUAAAAUGAUCAACACAGAUGCUUGUACUAUUAAUAAUAGUCAAGUUGCUGACAGUGAAGUUGGAACAUCACAUGGAAUGAAGCGUACUCUUGCUGAUCCUGAUGGUUGUGCGUCACCUUCAAUCAAGCUUCGAAGAUCAGCAAGAAUUAGUCAGUCUUUGGACAAAACAUCUGCUGCCUUGGGAGGCUUAUCGGAGCCACAGUCUUCAAAUUCUGAAGUUAACUCUGAUUUAAAUACGAGUUUGGUGCAACCAUUGCAGCAAGAGCAACUGAGAGCUCAGCAGGAGAAGGCCGGCUUAAAUUGUGCUCUCUGCCGUAACAUAUUGAGGCACAAUGUUGGUCCGAGCUUUGCACAUUUUAUAAAUGACUACUUAAGUCCGAAUGCUCAAUUAACCAUGAUGUGCUUCCCAAACUUUCCUGGUGUCACUUUUCGUCCUUUGAAAACGACCAAGAAGCAACUGGUAAGUGACCUUUGAUAAAACUCAGUUGAA